AUCCCAAAUUCUAAGCCAGCAACAGCAAAACAUCCUCAUUACCUUUUUUCGUCGAAGCUUCGAAUCACCUUUUCCCUCGCCACCCAAUUCGCCAUGUUCGCAGCAUCAUCAUCAAGAAUACUCGCCAGCGGCGCUCGCCGUGCCAUUACUUCAUCACGCAGCUUCCAUGCCUCGGCCCAGCGCCUGAACGAUGCUGCGCCGCUGCCGGCUAGAAAGCCCAUGGGCGCAUUCAGAGGAGGUCUGUUCGGCUUCCUGUUUGGAAGUGUCCUGGCCGGCGGCUCCGUAUACAGCUACGUCCUGCAGGAGUACAAGGCGUCCAACGAGCUCCUCACUGAGGACAUUUACACUCUCCAAGCCUCCGUCACCCGCCUGACAAACCACGUCAAGAUCCUUGAGGAGAAGAUCCAACAGAAGAGAAAAUAAAGCCUGAAGCGGACAAAUAAAAAAACAAAGCAAAAUUGAAUGGCGCAGAUCCAUAGGGAAGGAAAAAGACAUUGUCACAAGGCACUGUCAUAUCAUCGCCAGUAUGGCAGAAACGAAACAGCAUAAUGGCAAUUUCUUGUCUUGUCCUUUC